AUGGCGGACUCACCACAUGAGCCAAUGCUGACAACAGCACCACCCGAUGCAGGUCCCGAUCCGCAAAGGGAUCAAUUGGCCCUGGGAUUUGUUGCCAAACUAGCGGAAAAUAGCUGUUCGACAGCGCCUGUGCUGACACCGGCGUCCAAGUUCUCAGAAGAGAACUCUAAGCGGUGGAUUCCGUGUCGCCCUCCACCACAGCCUGAGCCGCAAUCCAAACCUCUCGCAGGGAAGCUUUACCCCAAUGCAGUUCCAGGCCAACAAAUUUUGCUCGAUGGAUUCAAUACAGACGUGCUUAUGAUGAUUAUCGACCAUAUCUGCAGCAUAGAAGAUCCUCGCGAACCUUACUAUACGCCCAUUUCAAGCUUUGAUUUCCGCAAGACAGGAAGCAUCGUGUUCUGUCUAUCCCUAGUAAACAAGCGGUUGCGUGCAGUCACGAUUCCAACGCUAUUCAAAAACGUCUUUCGCUCCUCAAUUUCCAUGGGCGACCUCUAUCGGCGAUUAAGAGAUAUCGAAGGCAACCCACUUCUGCCCUCUCUUCCACCUGUUCUUUCGGCCAUCAAAACAUGUGACAUUGUCACGACGUCCAUGGGCAAUAUCACAGGCUGCAGAACUCGACUUGCAAAGACUCUCCCCAGGAUGAAAUUUCUCACUGAAUUCUCUACUACACAUCGCAAGGAUGUUGACAUAUCCGGUCUCCAAGUAACAUUUCAGCGAGAAGAAGUAACUCUCUCUAGCAUAACGCAUCUACGCAUUUUGUCACAGGGCAGUUGGGAGUUCCUCGUCAAAGCCUGCCCCGACGUCGAAAUAUUGAGCCUGGCGCAUAACCUCUACCAUGAUGAUCUUCUUCGGACUGUCAGUGGGUUGAAGAGAUUGAAGCAUCUCGAGAUCUGUUCUGACAGCUGGCGGAAUGAGGAAAUCGAACGUCUGCAUCAGUUCGUUCCAGGGAUCCACAAGCUGACUUUAAGAGGAAGUAUUGGCCACGAAUGUCCAAGUAACUUUGUCGAUUCUUUUAGUUCUUUCGCAGAACUAACUGAGCUUUUCAUGACUACCUUACGAAAGAUCACCGACAUAGACAUGGAAGCCCAAGGUUCCGAAGACUUCGCAGAUUACGACAUUCAGCAGCGCCAAUCAGAGCUAACGAGUGGUCUUUGUGGUGGGUGUAUCACAGAUCUCGCCCCGAUGUACUUGAAGAAAUGUCGCAAACUGAGUUUCCUUGGUUUCACGUGUAACGGUAAUUUGAGUCUUUGCUGGGGUCCAAGUCGAAGCGAAGAAGACCUGGAGCCGAUGUUCAUAUUCGAUGGACCCCGUCACGCUAUCAUGGACACAUGCGAUUGGGAUGGCUUUCCUAUUGUAUUCUCUUUCGGCAGGGAGAUCGAUUGCAGCGACGAUAUCUGUGAUCCUCUGAUUUACCUGACAAUGGAAGAGGAAGAAAAAAGGAUCGAGGUAGAUGACCUGUCUGAUCAAACACUCAGUGUUUCUAACAUCGCACAGUUGGAGUUUGAGCGAUACGAUGGCAUCAAACAAGAAGCUAUUAGCCUGGGUUUGUGGGACUGA